GCACACCCGACAGGCUCUGUCCUGGGAACAGGCUUCAACAGGCUUCCCCGAAAACCUUCCCCGCUUCUGGAUAUGAAAUUCCAGCUGCUUGCUGAGUCCUAUUGCCAGCUGCUGGGAGCCAGGAGAGCCCUGAGGAGUAGCCACUCAGUAGGAGCCGACGCGUGGGUCCACCAUGAACUGGAGUAUCUUUAAGGGACUCCUGAAUGGGGCCAACAAGUACUCCACAGCCUUUGGGCGCAUCUGGCUGUCUCUGGUCUUCAUCUUCCGCGUGCUGGUGUACCUGGUGACGGCCGAGCAUGUGUGGAGUGACGACCACAAGGACUUCGACUGCAACACUCUCCAGCCCGGCUGCUCCAACGUCUGCUUCGACGAGUUCUUCCCCGUGUCCCAUGUGCGCCUCUGGGCCCUGCAGCUUAUCCUGGUCACGUGCCCCUCCCUGCUCGUGGUCAUGCACGUGGCCUACCGGGAGGUUCAGGAGAAGAGGUACCGAGAAGCCUAUGGGGAGAACAAUGGGCGCCUCUACCUGAACCCCGGCAAGAAGCGGGGCGGGCUCUGGUGGACAUACGUCUGCAGCCUAGUGUUCAAGGCCAGCGUGGACAUCGCCUUUCUCUAUGUGUUCCACUCACUCUACCCCAAAUAUAUCCUCCCUCCUGUGGUCAAGUGCCACGCAGAUCCGUGUCCCAAUAUAGUGGACUGCUUCAUCUCCAAACCGUCGGAGAAGAACAUUUUCACCCUCUUCAUGGUGGCCACAGCUGCCAUCUGCAUCCUGCUCAACCUCGUGGAGCUCAUCUACCUGGUGAGCAAGAGGUGCCACAAGUGCCUGGCAGCAAGGAAAGCCCGAGCCAUGUACACAGGUCAUCACCCACAUGGCACCACCUCUUCCUGCAAACAAGACGACCUCCUUUCGGGGGACCUCAUCUUUCUGGGCUCAGACAGUCAUCCUCCUCUCUUACCAGACCGCCCCCGAGACCAUGUGAAGAAAACCAUCUUGUGAGCGGCUGCCUGGACUGAGCUGGCAGGUUGGGCCUGGAUGGGGAGGCUCUAAGCCUCUCUCAUAGGUGCAACCUGAGAGUGGGGGAGCUAAGCCGUGAGGUAGGGGCAGGCAAGAGAGAGGAUUCAGAUGCUCUGGGAGCCAAUUCCCAGGCCUCCGCUCCAGCCACCUGCCCCAGCUGGAUGGCAUUGGGCCAGUCCCCCUCUGCUCUGCAGCUCGGUUUCCUUUUCUAGAAUGGAAAUAGUGAGGGCCACUGCCCAGGGUUGGAGGGAGGAGGGCAUUCAUAGAAGAACACACAUGCGGGCACCUUCAUCGUGUCUGGCCCACUGUCAGGGCUUAAUAAAAGUCAACUCGUUUGCUGGU